GGUCUUUAAGGCCGCAGGGUGGCGCCAGAGGAGGGGAGGCUCUCGGGCAUGGGAACUACACUUCCCGGGAGGCCUUGCGCGGGCGCCUGGGCGGAGCCUGCGGACGAGCACGGCAGACGCAGGAGUGGUGCGAAACGGAUGGCUGGGCAGGUGAAGGACCGCGAGGCCUUCCAGAGGCUCAGCUUCCUGUACCAGGCCGCCCACUGCGUCCUUGCGCAGGACCCCGAGAACCAGGCGCUGGCGAGGUUUUAUUGCCACACGGAGAGGAUCAUCGCAAAGCGGCUUGUCUUGCGGCGGGACCCCUCUGUGAAGAGGACCCUCUGUCGUGGCUGCUCUUCCCUCCUCAUACCGGGCCUGACUUGCACGCAGCGCCAGAGACGUUGCAGGGGACAGCGCUGGACAGUACAGACCUGCCUAACAUGUCAGCGCAGCCAGCGGUUCCUCAAUGAUCCUGACCAUCAGCUCUGGGGAGACAGGCCUGAGGCCCAGCUGGCGAGCCAGGCAGAUAUCAAGCCACCACAGCCCCUGCCAAACACAGCCCACCCCAUUCCAGCCCACCUUCCUGAGGAGAAAGUGAAACCUCAGAGCUCUGGUCACCAGUAAUGGAUUUACCCUGUCUUCCAAAUAAAGUUCAGUUCUGGUUCACUUCG